AUGGCCGUGCAGGACCUGAGAUAUGAUUCUUACUACGACUUCAUUUGGUACUCAGAUAAUGGACCCUGGUCUGUCAGGUUCACUGCCUGGUAUACCAUUGGCCUGUUGAAGAGGAACCAGGGCGACGACGUCCUGCAUGCAAAAGCAGCUCUGAGAAAUAUAUUGGCUUGCCAAUACACGGAAGAAUUUGAUUCCGCCUGGUAUGGAACAUUCAAGCUCAGUCCUGAUCAACCUGAUCCAACACCUGACUCUGAUUUAUAUCCGCCUGAAAUAUAUACAACCUAUGAUCCGAAUUGGAGAGAGUUCAUCGGUACCACACUAGUGCAAGCUGUCGAGGAGUUCGAGCACCUACUUGGAGAAGACCUAGUCUCAGCAAUCGAAACAUCACUGACCCACGCGGCAAUCGGCGGCAUGCGGCGCAACGGAACCUACCCUGAAGACGACAACCUCAUCCUGGGCUACUCCAAUCCAGCCUACAUGCGAGCCGUCGUGGUAUCAUGGAUCGGCCACCGCCUGAACAACUCCACCUUCACCGACUUUGCCAACCUGCAAGGAAAGCUCCUCCUCGAGCUCUUCACCUGGAACAACUCGAACACUCUCGGCGAGUACAAUGCCCCGACGUACUACGGAAUGGACAUCUGGGCACUAUCCGCUGCCAUCAAGUACGCGCCAGCCAACUCGACCAUCAAGUCCACCUCCGAGUACGUCUUGACCGAGCUCUGGAAGGACAUCGCCGCGCACUACAACCCAUACCUCAAAAACAUGGUCGGCCCCUACGACCGCGCCUACACCCGCGACAUGACCACCCACUCCUCCAUCCUCAGCCUCUGGUUCUGGGCCAUCUUCGGGCACGCGCGGGGCCCGCAGCCCCCCAAAGGCGAAGCCGACCUCCUCUACGACGUCGCGCAAGGCGCGCAAAUCGCGCUCGUCGCCCACACCACCUCCUCCUACAUCCCCCCCACCCUCACCGCCUGGCUGACCGGCAGCGCCUACACCGACGCCCCGCGCUUCCUCAACCGCACGAUCAAAGAAGAUCUGUCAUCGUCUUACGUGCGCGUCGCGACGUCCUGGCUCAGCGGGCCGCUGAUGAUCGGGGCGGAGAGCAUCGCAGAGACGGCGAACCGCGGCGACCAGUUCGUGCCGGCGAUAGUGCACUGGGCGAGCGACCCAGCGCACCAGCCGGCGCCGUACGUGGGGUUUUUCAGCUUGUAUCCGAGCGCGUCGACGGUGGAGGCGGUGGCGGGGGAGAGGUCGUUGAGGAUCCGCUAUCCGAACCGGACGCAGGAGGGGACGGGGGUGUUUACGUUUGCGGUUUCGGGCGUGGCGCCGUGGUGGUUGUUGGCAGGGAAUAGGGUGGAGGGGUUGGAGAAGCUGCCGUGUUUGGAGGUCAAGGUUGAGGCGGAGGGGUUGGAGAGGUUGCCGGUGACGUAUGGGAGUCAGUUGCGGGAUCAUUUGUUUUAUAAUGUUAGUUAUGUGGUGCCGGACGGGUUUGAGGGGGUGCCGGAGGUGGGGUUGGAGUUUGAGUAUACGUGUUGA